GGAUGCAAUAGGUUUUGUCAUGGUAACCAGAACAUUCCCAGCUAGAAGCCCCAGCCUUACCCCCCUCCCUCCUUCGCCCUGCCUCUCCCUCCCUCUCUCUCAGGCCUUAUCUGCCGGCAGUUUGCCAAAGCUGGCCAGGAUCUGUGGGGUGAGCAGGGGAUGGGCAGCGGGCGCUGUGUCCCUGGACUCCUGCGCAUGGCUCUAGAUCUCCUGUAGAGGCUUCUCCAUCAUCACCAGGAUGAACGUUGCACUCCAGAACCUGAGCAACAGCAUGUCUGACUACAAGCGCGCCACUUUUAAUGAUGAUGAUGUUCCAGACCCUGCAGGAGAUGGGGCCUCGUCUCCUGACACCAUAGAGGUUGGGUUCCGGAAAGGUAGAGGGCAUAUCCUUGGUGUGCUUGGAGGGAGGUCACAGCCAGAGGUCCUUCUUGGUGUCCUGAGUGCAGUGCUGGGGGUGCUUCUCCUAGGAAGUCUCAUCGCUUUGGGGGUGCAGCAGAUGACAGACAGGUCCCGCUCACUAUGUCUGACAGAGGCCUGUGUCUCUGUGGCUGGCCGUAUUCUCGAUUCACUAGAUCGUGAGGUGGAUCCAUGUCAGGACUUCUAUCAGUAUUCUUGUGGAGGCUGGAUGAAGAGGAACCCUCUGCCAGAUGGACGUUCAAGAUGGAACACAUUCAACAGCAUCUGGGACCAGAACCAGGCUGUUCUCAAACAUAUACUGGAAAAUGUCACCUUUAACUCUAGCAGUGAGGCAGAGAUGAAGACACAGCGUUUUUAUCUCUCCUGUCUGGGGGAACAAAAAAUAGAGGAACUGAAAGAGAAGCCACUUACUGACCUUAUAAAGAAGGUUGGGGGAUGGAACAUCUCAGGCAACUGGCGGGGGGAUAACUUCAUGUCGGUGCUGAAGACUGUCUCAGGGACCUACAGAGCAACCCCAUUUUUCAGUGUGUUUGUAAGCGCAGACUCCAAAAGCUCCAACAGCAACAUCAUCCAGGUGGAUCAGUCUGGACUUUUCCUUCCAUCUAGAGAUUAUUACAUUAACAAAACAGCUAAUGGAAAGGUGCUAGCUGCCUACCAGCAAUAUAUGGUGGAUAUAGGAAUGCUCCUUGGGGGUACUCCUGAAUCCGUGGAGUUGCAGAUGGAGCAGAUUCUAGACUUAGAGACUCAGCUGGCAAACCUGACGGUUCCACAGGAUGAACGGAGAGAUGAGGAGAAGAUCUAUAAUCGCAUGACUAUGAGCGAGCUUCAGAAAUUGGCUCCUGCAUUUGACUGGAUGGAUUAUUUGGGUUUUGCACUCUCCCCUCUGGAGAUAAAUGACACAGAGCCUGUGGUGGUAUAUGGGAAAGAGUAUUUGCAGCAAGUGUCUGAACUGGUAAACAACACCGACCCUAUGAUUCUAAACAAUUACUUGAUUUGGAACCUGGUCCAGAAGAUGUCUACCAGUCUGGACUCUCGUUUUGAGAAAUCUCAGGACAAGCUUCUUGAAUCACUGUAUGGAGCCAAGAAGUCCUGCACACCCCGUUGGCAGACCUGCCUUUCUAACACAGAUGACACUCUUGGAUUUGCACUUGGAUCUCUCUUUGUGAAAUCGACUUUUGACAAGAACAGUAAAAGUAUUGCUGAGCAGAUGAUUGGAGAGAUACGAGCAGCAUUCGAAGUGACAUUGGGAAGUCUUACAUGGAUGGAUGAGAAAACAAAGAGGGCCGCAAAAGACAAGGCGGAUGCCAUAUAUGAUAUGAUUGGGUUCCCUGAAUUUAUUCUGGACUCUAAAGAACUGGAUGAAGUAUAUGAUGGGUUUGAGGUGUCCGAGGACUCAUUCUUUCAGAAUAUGUUGAAUUUCUAUAACUUCUCAGCAAAGUUGAUGGCGGAACAGCUAAGGAAACCUCCAAACCGAGAGCAGUGGAGUAUGACACCUCAAACUGUUAAUGCCUACUAUCUACCAAACAAGAAUGAAAUCGUAUUCCCGGCAGGAAUUCUUCAGGCUCCGUUUUAUGCCCCUACACACCCAAAAGCUCUGAAUUUUGGAGGUAUUGGGGUGGUGAUGGGCCACGAGCUGACACAUGCCUUUGAUGAUCAGGGUCGGGAAUAUGAUGAGGAUGGAAAUCUGCGUCCCUGGUGGCAGAAUUCAUCCCUUGAAGCAUUUAAAAACCGCACUGAGUGUAUGGUUGGUCAGUACAACACUUACACUGUGAAUGGGGAGAAAGUGAAUGGUCGUCAAACCCUGGGAGAAAACAUCGCAGACAAUGGGGGCCUGAAGGCAGCAUAUCAUGCCUAUAAAUCUUGGCUGCAGAAAUAUGGGGAGGAAAAGCGGUUGCCAGGAGUUGGGAUGACCAACCACCAGCUGUUCUUUGUGGGAUUUGCACAGGUUUGGUGUUCUGUACGCACACCUGAGAGUUCCCAUGAAGGACUGGUCACAGACCCUCACAGUCCAGCCAAAUUCAGGGUCAUUGGGACUCUGUCAAACUCAAAGGACUUUGCUGAACAUUUCAACUGCCCCUCUGGGACCCCCAUGAACCCUGGAAAACACUGUGAUGUGUGGUGAGGCAAUGUGUGGGAGCAAGGCUGUGUGCGUGUUAACAUGUAAUAGAUGCCUUGUACGUAUGUAUGUAUUUGGAUGUUUAAGGGUGUUAGUGAGAGAAUCGAGUAGCAAAGGAAGCUGAGUACCUCUGUGUAGAUGCCAUUAUCUGUAUGAUUUUCAGUUGUAGCUGGGGCAGGAUAGAGUUGGGAUUCAUAUCUUGUAACACAAGAAUGCUUUGUGUGCAAAGGUGUGUAAAAAAAGAA